ACUGUGCCGGGCUGUGUGAGUACAGCACACCACAGCAGGGACACACAACACAGCUCUUAAACUUGGAGGAAUACACUGCGGUGAUCACAGCCACGCAGGGACAGACGGCCGGCCGCCUCUGCAGAAUACCGGAGACGGGACAUUGGUGUGUUGAGAGAGACCCAGUGGAGCCAAGGGAGGCUCAUUAAGUCCCUACCUACCAUAACCCCCCCCCACCACCACCACCACCACCACCACCACCCGUGACUGACUAUACAAACAUUAUCUCACACAAAACAAAUAUAAAGGACAGUUCCUCUGCUCUCUCCUGCCUCUGCCCAGCUUGCAUCCUUCACCUCCUAAUGUCCCUGCAGCGUGGGAGGAGGGCAGGGGGCACGCACACAGCCUGCCGGCCAGCGGUUGGCUCAUCCUGACAAGCAUGGGACGCCAAAGGAGGCUGGUGCUCUGCUUCUUGGCUGUCAGCUCCCUGCUGCUUGUCUACAUCCUGUGUUUGAGUUUCGAGAUAUCUAUCCCCUGGCAUAUGGUGGUCCGGAUUCGUUUCCUUGGAAAUGGCGACCAGAGACAAAGCAGGUUGCAAAACUCUGAGCAGCUUUUGGGCAACAACACUGACCAAUGGACCCAUAUGCCCCCUACCUCGAGCUCUCAUCCAAAGCUAAUCUCUGAAACGGUUCAACAAGAACAUACAAAUGCCAUACAGAGUACAAUUCUGAAUACUCGGCAACCCAAGCCUUCGGAAGGAAAUGCCGCAAAGCCUAACUCCAAGUCGAAUGCCGAGGAAAAUCACAGGACCACUACAAAAAGCCCUAAUCUGCCUGCAGCCAGGAUAACAGAGCCUCCUUACAUCGGCGAUAAAUACAGCAGCGAGGACUUCCCACUCCAAACAGACUGUCCAGACAGUAUAAGAAAGAAGGUGUCUGCAACAGACUUCCGUGAACGCUUUCUCCAUCGUGUCCCGCUCUUCCAGUGGGCCAAGUAUGCUACUCCUGAAGAGUACCAGCGCCUAUCCCGCUACCCAGGGGCACAUGGCUGGCCGGGGGAAGGGUACUACGACAUGGUGAUGGGUGCAGUGUCUGCUCUCAACUCCUCUGCACACCGGCAGAUGUUUGAUGACUGGAAGGCACGGGGCGGCAAGGCCCCGUGUAUCCGCUGCGCCGUGGUGGGAAAUGGCGGUAUACUGAAUGAUUCCAAGAAGGGGCAGGAGAUCGACGGUCAUGACUACGUGUUCAGAACCAAUGGGGCUGUCAUUCAGGGCUUUGAGCGGGACGUGGGGUCACGGACCACCCACUACAUCUUCUCCACCAACACAAUGAGGAACUCAAUGAGGGGCUAUGCCCAACACGGAUACAGAGGACCUCCCCUUUCUGAGGAGACACGGUAUAUAUUCUUGCCAGAUCAAACCCGUGACUAUAUACUGAUAAAGGCCGUGGUGACACACACUCCAGUAGACACGGGGCCCGAGCGCAGCAGCAGUCCACCGAGCUACUUUGGAGAAAAUGCAUCAGCGGAAAAGUUCAAGAUGUUCCACCCUGAUUUCAUUCGUUACAUCAGGAACCGAUUCCUUCGAUCUCCAAUUGUUAGCGGUAAACACAGAAACAUAUACCGUCCAUCAACAGGCGCUGUGAUGUUGUUGUCUGCUCUGCACACCUGUGACAAGGUGAGCGCCUACGGCUUUAUGACCCCGGACUACAGCAAGUACUCGGAUCACUACUUCGACACCAGCUACCACCCUGUGCACUUCUACAUAAACCACGACUUUCGUCUGGAGAUGAAGCUGUGGCAGCAGCUGCAGCAGGCAGGCCUCAUCCAGCUUUACAUGCGGCAGUGAAUUAGCAGCCAACCCUGACAUGAUGUCAUCCCUUCUGCAGUGUUGCAAGCCACCCUAAUUUCUGCUGCCAGUACCCCACCCCAUGACACAUGAUGAGGCAAGCACCCACGACAAGAAAUCAGACUAGACAAGCCUACCUUGUUUCAGAAUAACUGUCAUACUUCCUGUUGUCAAGCAAAGCAAAGCAACGGCUGCUAUGGCUGUUUAGAACACAUUUCGGGUUUUUGUUUUUCCUAAUGAAACGUUAACUGGGGUUUGUUAAAUCAGUUUGGUAUGACUCAAAGCACAUGCUACAUUCAGGCUUUGGGUCUUGAGAGUGGGGUUGUGUGUUACUGUUGGGCAGUGUGGUGACAAGGGACAAGUCUGUUAUUCCGUUGGCUGCUUUCUUAAAAUACCCUGUUGCUCUGCCCUAAAUAGUUGGUUAGAGUUCUGCUGACAGUAGUCAUGUUCUAUUCUGAUGUCCACUCAGAUUAUGUUCUGUCUGUUGGUGUGUGUGUGUGUGUAUGUGUGUGUGGUCAUACAGUGGUUGGCACAUGUGUUUGUGUUAAACACUGAAGAUGAACAUACAAUUAACCGUGUGACUAAAGCUUAAUUGUUGGGUUCUGUUUGGGCCAAAAUGAUCCAUAUUGAAUGGCAACUGUUAACUGUAAAUAUUGUUGGUAUUAUUUGUAACUGAAAUGAAGAUAAGAUAUAUUGAGGAGGUUUAUAGGCAUUUCAGUUGUGUGGCUGCAGAAUCUGAAGGUGACCUGGGUCAAUGUGACCAGCCAGCACUACAUCCAUUGCCAAUUUGUGAACAGAACAUGAGGACUGGUAUGUUUUUGAAAACAAAAGGGCAUGUGGAUUUGCAGAUAUAACUUAGUACUUCAUGUAUUGUUUUACAACAGCUACUUUUAAAGCACAAAAGUGUACUUUUUCCACCGGAUCCAGUGCAAUGUUAAUGAGAAUAUUGCGAGGAAUCCGUGAGACCCUCAGUGCCUUCAAUGUGAAUCAUAGUCCAGGAAGCACACAGCAGCGCAGGAAGCUAGGACAAGAUGUUUCCGGCGAGCAAACAAGAGGAGGUUUCUCCAACAGCACAAAAGAGGAUGCAGCUGGACAGACCUUUAAACUGUGACGGCAAAGGUCAAAGUUGUGAGUCGGAGAAAAAAAAAAGAAGAUCUUUACACUGUCAAUUUUAUUCGGACUUUACUCACUCAGAUGUGACUGCUGGGACUUAUAUGAGACCACUGAAGAGUCGCUUGGGAUAUACAGUCGCACACCGAUGACAACAUACUCUCCAUUUCCGGUAUGAAGUAGAGGGGCAAAAUAACCAAAGACAAUAUGCAGAUCAGGGAAUAUUUGUUUAUUUAAAUUUUGUUUUUGUUUUUUUACUUUAAAGUUGCAAAUCAUGAGACUUCAAAUGGGACGAUACACUAAACCAAAAUAAUGGAUCGUAUUCCGUUGAAAAGGGGACUGAGGAAUCUUUCAAAGUGCAAUUUCUGACUCAGAUUAGGAUUUUUCAAAUCUGUAUCAAAGUAUACUGUGAUUUUACCUUGUUUGUUUUGGAAUCUAUUAUUAAAUUGGGUUGUAGCUUACCUUUGUUGCAUUUAAUUGAGAGCAGGAAUCUUUGUGAGGAUAAGGAACAGUUGUCAUUUUGUGUUAAUUACUUUCUAAGACUUUUUUGUGGGGGCGGGACGGCAUUUUAGCCUUUAAACACUAACUGCACAAUAAAAUGUUUUUUAA